UCUGGCAGUGGGCGCGGGAGGUGCUGUUCGACGUCGCCAGUGAUUUAGGCGUUUUGUCAUGUGUCUUUCGAUGGUUCGGUGAUUUGAGGUUUGUGAGUGACGUCGGGAUCAGGUGGUGAUUUCCGAUCGGUGGAAAAGCGGGCGCGGAGUGUGGUCGUCGUUUCCGCGGAGUGUGCCCGGCGGAGGAGCCGAGUCUUCCCCAUGUUGAGGAGCCUGAGGUCCCUGGACGAGAAGACGCGCCACUUUUUCCAUUCCAGCUCGGAGUCGUACAAGCGGCCGCCCUACAGCAGCUUGGGGGCGAGCUCGGGCCAGGGCGCCACGUACGACUGGAUUUUCCGGGGGUCGGGGGCGAAUAUGCCUCCUCUGGUGCGGCCUCACGACCCUUCUGCGGCGGCGGCGGCGGCGGCGGCCUACCUGAUGGGCUCUCCUGAGGGCGAUGUGAAGACCAAGCUCAAGUGCGUGCUGGUGGGCGACGGCUCCGUGGGCAAGACCUCGCUCGUCGUCUCCUACACCACCAACGGCUACCCCACCGAGUACGUGCCCACGGCCUUCGACAACUACAACGUGGUCGUCAACGUGGACAACCAGCCCAUCAGACUCCAGCUCUGCGACACUGCAGGACAGGUACGUUCAGAAGCGGUGCAUUGUUCUCCAUGUGUCCGGGCUGGGCUCAGUCUUUGUUCAGUCUUUGUUCACUUUUGUUCACUUUUGUUCACUUUUGUUCAUUCUGUUCUGUCUUGGUUGAGUGUCUGCUAUCGCUGUCUCCGCGUCUCACCGCUGUCGCUCAUCUUCACAAGCGCCUUCGGGUCCUUCCAGAGGAGCCCAACGGAAACCCAAGAGGAACCCAAGAGAAGCCCAAAAAAGCCCCCCCCCCCCAAAAAAAAAAGAGAACAAAGCCCAACAGAAGCCCAAAAGGAACCCAAGGGAGCCCCCAAAACAAAGCCCAAAAGGAGCCCAAAAGCAUGCCAAGCCGAAGCCGAGCGGAGGCCGGGAGGAGGCCAGGAGGAGGCCAGGCGGGGCGACGUGCUGCCUCCCCGGACGGCGCCGCACGACUGCCGUCCUUCCCGCCGCCCCGGAGGCUGGCCGGGCGCUGCCACCCCGGCCCUGUCCUUCCCUGCCUGA